UAUAUUUUGUAGCUCUGCCUUUGUACAGACACCGUCCGCUUUCAUUGUGCUCUCAAGAUGAGUCUACUAUUGAUGGAUGUCUUUGGGAUUGUACUAGCUAUUCUCAUUUCUGUAUUUGUUUCUGCGGCAUGGUAUGUUCAUCGCCAACAUCAGAAAUAUGACCACCUUCCCGGCCCAAAACGCGACAGUUUCUGGAGUGGACAUAUUCCAUCUAUCUCAAAAACUAUUGCUGCCGGCGGUAUCAUAGAUGACUACUUCCUUGAAGUAUCCAAAACCCAUGGGCUGAUAUUUCGUAUCUGUCUCUGGCAUCAAGUUUUGGUCAUCGUUUUAGAUCCAGAAUAUAUAAAGGAUGUUCUUGUAAGUGGAAAACACCAGAAAUCCAAACGUCUGUAUUCAAGACUUGUCAACCUGUUUGGUGUAAGAUUUAUUGGACUUGGAAUUGAAAGUCAGAUUGAUAGGAAAAUGUGGAUAAUACAACGAAUGCAUCUUGAUAAUUGGUUCAAACCACACUACCUUCGAAAAUUUGCGUCUGAUUUCAAUGAAUAUUCCGAUCGCUUCAUAGAGCACAUGGAAACACAAGCGGACGGAAAGACAGAGAUACACAUGUUACAUUCUUUUAACAAACUUUCGAUGCAUCUGUUAUACAAGGUUGCGUUUAGUGUCGACAUGGGACCAUUGAGUGAAGAGGAUCAUCCCUUUGUCAAAAAAUUUAAGACAGUUUUAUCCGGAUUUGCAGCGCAACUGGAAGAUCCUUUCGUUGCUGUAAAUCCGUUUAAAUGGCGAUUUCGUCGAGAUGUACUGGACGCUUUACGCUAUAUCAGACAAACCGCCAAUCAAGAGCUGAUAGACAGGAGAGUAGCGAAAGACAAAGGCGGUUAUUUCCCCGAAGAUCUCUUGGAGUACAUCAUGAAACUUAAAGAAAAGUACCCAUCCAUCGUCACCGACGAAAUCUUGCUAGACAACUAUGUAACAUUUAUAAUUGCCGGACAGGAAACAUCUGCCAACGCUAUGAGUUUCAUAGUGUUUCUUCUCGGAAGGAACCCAGAAUGUUAUAAGAAGCUACAAAGAGAGAUAGAUGAAAAUAUUGGUACCAUGUCUGUGAUCACUUUGAAUGAGCUUGAGAAGUUACCCUACCUAGACAUGGUGUUCAAGGAGACACUCCGACUUUAUCCUAUAGCUAAAGCAUCAUAUCGAGAGACAAAGAAUGACUACAGUUUAGGUGAUCACGUUAUACCAGCUGGAACCGAUAUGCUGGUUAGUUUCUACGGUGCAUCAAGAUCAGAGCGAAACGUGAAAAACCCGUUAACGUUUUCACCCGAACGAUUUCUCAGCGACAGCCCAGAAGAAGUCAACAAGUAUGUAUCCACACCAUUUUCAGCUGGACCUCAUACUUGUAUUGGGAAGAAGUUUGCAGAGAUACAAGUCAAAAUCACCAUUGCCAAGAUCAUUCAGAAAUUUGACUUUGAUUUGAAGCCCGGUCAAAGCAGUGAAAUAAUAGACCAUUUAACUAUACAAUUAAAAGAUGGCGCCGUAUGUUUCUUCCGUCACAGAAAAUUGCAGUAGCUGAAGUAACCAACAACGAAAAUGCUUCAGCAAACUUGCCAUGGUAUUUUGUAGAGAUUUUUUAGCGCUUUUCGCGUUGAACGUAUUGCGCUAAAUUAUGAUCGCCCUGCUUGUAGUUUCUGUAUACUGAUUAUAUAGCAUAUUUUGUGGAUGGAAUCUUUUUAUUAUUAUGCUACCUUACUGAAAAGAGAUAAUGCGCUUCAAUUUCACUGCGCUGAAUUGAUUACGUUUAAAGUAUCUUUCAAUAAUAGAAGGCUAUUCAGUAGAUGUUUAAACGUUUUGUUUGAUUUGUUGCAAAAUUUGAAUCCAGUAUAUACUUUUAUAAGACUCAUUUGUUUUAAAUGAACGUGAUUAGUUCCACAAGUAUAUGAUAUAAUGUAAGUAAUCUGCUUGAUAGUGAAGUUUGAAACAACUGACAGUAUUUAAACAGAGAUAUACCUGUAUAUCAUUGUAUUUAUAUCCAGAUCAUACAGAGUAUCAGUGUAUCGAUUUCAAUUACUAUCAGACACAUUUAUUCAAUUACUUAUUUAAUCACUAUGUUAGACCAGGAACAUGUUGGCAUAUUACCUGAUGGUUAGAUAACCUUCAAUGACAAGUGAUUAAGUACCAUCGUGUCCUUUCAAUGGAUCGUAGAUAUUAAAGUGACAAUAGAGGGGUUGAUCAAACGAGUCAGAAAUGAGGAAUCAAUUGAAGUUGGAGUUUGGAGUUCACUCCAUUGUUUGAAAUGUCAUAAUGAAUUGACUUAUUUCAUAUUUGACUGUAAAUAAAGUAUAUAUCCAGCA